CACCCACCACCUCCGACCACGUCCCUCCCUCCCCGCAUCUCCGGGCCUUGCAGCGCGCCGCCCGAUGCCAAGUCCCUCCUCGCCGUUCCUGCGCCGCCGCUGCUCCAAUCCAACCCCGAUUCGAUUCCGGCCGCCGCCACCCUCUCCUCUCCUCUCCUAUACGGACCACUACGAGCGGCAAUGCACGGAGGGCGCUCGGGGGGAGGUAGUGGGGGGCUGCGGAACCCCUGCCUGACGAUGCACCAGUCAUGGGCAUCGCUGCUGGUGCACGGCACCAAGCGCGUGGGGGGCCGCUCCCGGCCGUCACCGGUCAUCGGCUGCCUUGGAUCCACGCCGCCUCCAAGGUGCCCAACCCCGACAUCGUCGCCGCCAUGGAGGACUUCUACCGGGAGAUCUACGCCAUCGACGGGGUCCACCACAUCGACUUCCCACAGCACUACCCCGUCUCCUGCCUCCUCGGAUGCUUCAAGGUGGUCGGCUGCGUCCGGUCUGCUGGGAGGAUGUGCCUCAAUCAUAGCGGCAUGGGCGAGUUGAGGUGGGGGACAGAGAGGUUGUGUCGUGCGGGUUCUGAUCAAGCUUUAGCAGCACACUUUCUAGUGUUGAUCUGAGCAAAGGAUGAUGCAAGGAUGCUCCUCCUUGUACUGCAUGCCUUCAUUGACUUGAUUCUUUGACAGGGAGAUAUUUAAAGCCUUCACUUGUUCAUUGUGUCAUCUGCUGAUUACUUUUUCUAUUAUUUUCUUGCAAAGCAUGUAAUGGUUUGGAGUAGUUGAUCAUGGCCUGAUGGAACAUUCAUGUUGU